GAAACCAGUUGUCGAGCGAACUUGGAGGUGGUUAGACGUGAACGGACUGACUGUGUUAGUCGAGAAAGUUUAAGUAAAGUGUUGACAGAAAGUUAAUGGUAUAGUUACGGUAAAAGGGAACGACAAGCGAAAUAUAAAGUGUUCGAACGAGUUUAGAAGUUAUUUCAGAACUUUGCUGCAGUAUAAAGCAGAAACGUUGCGUGACGUGUGUGCCUUCAAACGAACUGAAGCCUUAUUAGUGCCCGGUCUGAAGAAGAAAGAGGACGGUGAAGUGUUUCGGAGCCAGAUUGUCGGAAAAGCUCCGGUUUUAUAGCGAGUUUGUGCAAGUGACCAAAAUAUAAGAAAAAAUCGAAAUUUGAAAUCGCAGCCAUGACAGAACUAAUGGAUUUAAGAAUGCACCAUCACCUAGCUCUCCAGACGGAGAUCUACCGGCAGCAAAUGUUGCAGCGUUUACCAGAUCCUUACCCGACGAUGCUACCAGUCCCGGCACCGCGGCCUCUGAUGUUGCCACCGCGCUUUCCACUUCCGUCGGAGGUCGACGUGAAGCUACAGAAUCGGGAGCUGUGGAGUCAGUUCCAUCGCAUUGGAACCGAGAUGAUUAUCACCAAGAGUGGACGACGUAUGUUUCCCUCGAUGCGCCUCUCGAUCAACGGUCUUGAAGCGGAAGAAAACUACUGCGUUCUGAUUGAAAUGUUCCCGAUCAGCGAUUGCCGCUUCAAGUUCAGCGGCUCCCAAUGGGUUCCAGCGGGUGGUGCCGAACCGCAGAGUCCCCAGCGUAUGUACCUGCACCCGGACAGCCCCGCACUCGGUUCUCACUGGACUUCCCAACCGGUCGUGUUCAACAAAGUCAAACUGACCAACAACACGCUGGAUAGCAAUGGCCAUAUCGUUCUGACCAGUAUGCACAAAUACCAGCCUCGCAUUCACAUCAUCAAAAGCUCGGAUCCCUCACAGAUUCCGUGGUCCCCGCAGUCAGCCUUCACCUUCCCGGAGACCGAGUUCGUUGCCGUCACAGCUUAUCAGAACGAUCGUAUCACCAAGCUGAAGAUCGACAACAACCCGUUCGCGAAAGGAUUCCGGGAAACGGGUCAGUCGCGCUGCAAGCGAAAGGCCGGUCUCAUGAAUGCCAGCUCCCGCUCGGUGGACGAUUCCGAAGAAUCCGGUGGAGAAUCGGGUCCGGAACCGAAGCGCCAGCGAACGAGUAGUGCCUCCCUGGACGAUAGUGACAUUUCAGUCAGUGACUCAUCAAGCGGAACCAGCUCACCGGUCAAUGUGGAAGAUCUCCACCGUAACCCGCACGAAGAAAUGCUCCGACCGCAUCCGUACCAAAUGUUGAACCCUGGAAUGGCUGCCACAGCAGCGGCCGCCAGCUGGAUGGAUCUGAUGUUCCCGUACUUCCAGCAGCCACAUAUCUCCGCGCACCACCACCACCACCACCUUCAGCAGCAUUUAAGGCGGGACUUCAACCCACUGCCCAUGCCACCAACAUCCGUCAAAUCACUGGAGAAAUCCGUCGAUUGCUCCGGUAAGAAGCUAGGAUUUAGCAUAUCUGCUAUUCUAGGAUAUGACCGGUAAAUCAACCCCCCUUCCCAACAAAACCCUAGGAAGCUUCCCUCGCUCCACCACGGCCAUACCAAUAUGCCGGCGAGAGAGAAGCCUCCUCAGAGAGAACUGCAGACUGCAUCUUGUUUUUGGAACUUUCCUCGUUCGUACCAGAACAUAGGAAAAAAAAUUAAACAACCGAAGAAGAAGAAAAAGACACGGGUGUAAAUUAGUUCCUCACACAUUCACACCUGGAUGCGAGCGACCGUAAAGCAGCAGUGCGUCGAAGCUGGGGACCGACGGACGCCAUUUGGGACCGGACGUGUCUCUAGGUAUGGAAUGGAGGAAUUUAAAUCCCUCCGCGGAGAUGGAAGUCUCCCAGCGGCUGGCUGGCUUGCUGAUGGCUGAAUAAACACCAGCCUGCCAGCAACCAGUCUGACAACAGCAACAGGGGACGGAAUAAUCUUGUUUGCAAGCCAUAGCCGAGAAUCGGUGCCAUUGUGUUGUGCAUGUUUGGUUUGUUCGGUCGUUCCAACCCAACAGCAUGGGUGAUGAAUGUGUGCAUUUUGCUCUCUCCCUGUCUGCCAUUCUGUUUAGUGUGCAAUUGUAGCGAGGGCUGAAAGAUGUACAGAGAUUAGGAAAUUUUCGUAUAGUGUAGCAAGUUUUUAAGCGGCAGAUGAGAAGGCAAUUGUUAAUUAUUUGUAGGACAACCUAAGAAAGCGAAAGUCAAGUGAGUACUUUAUAUUUAGGUAGACACAUUUUCGGGGGUUUGCUUUGUAAAAACCGGUCUUGUUUCUAGGAAAUAUUCCUAUUACCUAUAGCUAUUGUUUAAGCAUUAUAUUAAACAUCACCUCAAAGAAUCUUGUUUCUAUUGUAUUACAUUUAUUAUCCUUAGGAAACUAGGAAAACUGAUUAGUUAUUUUAUCCAUACGAAGAGACUGUAUAUGAAAAUAAAGAAAAUUAUAAUGAUUAACAA